GGUGAUUUUCGUUAUUGUCGACAGCGGUCACAUUGGUCACUUCACUCAUUCAAAAGUCUUGCUAAGGUUAGGAGUCCGUCUGCGGCACAUUUGGAGCAAGUGAGCUUGUUAAUUUACAUCAUAUUUGAAUCGGAAAUAUCAGACACAUAUUUUUUGUGAACUCUAUUCAUAUUCAAAUAAAAAGCAGUAUCAAAAUGUUCCGCCUACCAAUUUCACUUGCACGCACCAACAUCAGCCGCCAGGUGGCGCUGCGCCGCUAUGCAAAGGAUGUCAAAUUCGGACCCGAGGUGCGCGCCAUGAUGCUGCAGGGCGUUGAUGUGCUAGCGGACGCCGUGGCCGUCACCAUGGGACCCAAGGGUCGCAACGUGAUCAUCGAGCAGUCGUGGGGCUCGCCCAAAAUCACCAAGGAUGGAGUGACGGUGGCCAAAUCCAUUGAGCUCAAGGACAAAUUCCAGAACAUUGGUGCCAAACUCGUCCAGGAUGUGGCCAAUAAUACCAAUGAGGAGGCCGGCGAUGGCACCACCACCGCCACAGUGCUGGCCCGUGCCAUUGCCAAGGAGGGUUUCGAGAAGAUCUCGAAGGGCGCCAAUCCCGUUGAGAUCCGUCGCGGCGUCAUGCUGGCCGUGGACACCGUCAAGGAGAAUCUGAAGAGCAUGUCGCGGCCGGUGAAGACGCCCGAGGAGAUUGCCCAGGUGGCAACGAUAUCGGCGAACGGUGACCUGGCCAUCGGCAAACUAAUCAGCGAUGCGAUGAAGCGUGUGGGACGCGAUGGCGUCAUCACCGUCAAGGAUGGCAAAACCCUAAUCGAUGAGCUGGAGGUGAUUGAGGGUAUGAAAUUCGAUCGCGGCUACAUUUCGCCGUAUUUCAUCAACUCGUCAAAGGGCGCCAAGGUGGAGUUCCAGGAUGCCCUCCUGCUGCUCUCGGAGAAGAAAAUCUCCUCGGUGCAGAGCAUCAUUCCCGCCCUCGAGUUGGCCAACUCGCAGCGCAAGCCGCUGGUCAUCAUUGCCGAGGACAUCGAUGGUGAGGCACUCAGCACUCUGGUGGUGAAUCGCCUGAAGAUCGGUCUCCAGGUGGCCGCCGUCAAAGCACCUGGUUUCGGUGAUAAUCGCAAGUCAACAUUGACCGAUAUGGCCAUCGCCUCGGGCGGCAUUGUGUUCGGUGAUGAUGCCGAUCUCGUCAAGCUCGAAGAUGUCAAGAUCAGCGAUUUGGGCCAAGUGGGUGAGGUGGUCGUCACCAAGGAUGACACACUCUUGCUGAAGGGCAAGGGCAAGAAGGAGGAUGUGCAGCGUCGCGUCGAUCAGAUCAAGGAACAGAUCACCGACACCACCUCCGAAUACGAGAAGGAGAAGCUGCAGGAGCGUUUGGCACGUCUCGCCUCUGGCGUUGCGCUGCUGCGCGUCGGUGGCUCCAGCGAGGUGGAGGUCAACGAGAAGAAGGAUCGCGUCCAUGAUGCAUUGAAUGCAACACGCGCUGCCGUUGAAGAGGGCAUCGUGCCCGGCGGUGGCACCGCUCUGCUCCGCUGCAUCGAGAAACUGGAUGCCGUCGCCACUCAGAAUGAGGAUCAGAACCUGGGCGUGGACAUUGUGCGUCGAGCACUGCGCAUGCCCUGCAUGACAAUUGCCAAGAAUGCUGGUGUCGAUGGCGCCAUGGUUGUGGCCAAGGUGGAGACCCAAUCGGGUGACUAUGGCUACGAUGCGCUCAAGAGCGAAUAUGGCAACCUGAUCGAGAAGGGCAUCAUUGAUCCCACCAAGGUGGUGCGCACAGCCAUCACUGAUGCAGCCGGUGUUGCCUCGCUGCUGACCACCGCUGAGGCUGUUGUCACCGAAAUACCCAAGGAGGAUGCUGCUCCUGGCAUGGGCGGUAUGGGUGGCAUGGGCGGCAUGGGUGGCAUGGGCGGUAUGGGUGGCAUGAUGUAAUCAGUACACACAUUCGCACACACGCACACCCAUCCCUACACACACACACACACACAAACACACACCAUUCAUAUGUUUAAGCGCAUGGAUGCAGAACGACGCCAGACUACGGCUUGCGGGCAAUCCGUGCUCAGCACACAACAACAACAAACACACAAACAUAUGUGCUCGAAGUGGAUACAGGUUCUUCAUACUCCGCCUUGUGCCCAUGCCGGGUUUUCUUUCGCAUUUAUUCCCCCCUUCGAACGAUUCAAUUGCUGCUGGUUGUGUCAGCUUCUUGUCUGCUGUUUGCCCGGAUUUGGCCUGAUCCCGUCUGCUGGCGCAGCUGCAUUCAUGUUCGACGUUUCUUUUUUUUAAACUAUUCCUUAAUUCUAUUUUUUUUUACAUGUUAUAUAUGUAAAGGCAAGAAAUACCGUUAGUUGUAAAAUAAUAAAAUUAAACAAAAAAAAUAUAUAAAAAAAUGUA